AAACAGAUGCUCGUUUUGAUUUGUUGACAAUUGGUUUGCGCGCUAGCUUGGCGAUCUCCCGGUUUCGUUUGCAUUGGUAGCACUAAAUUAAGCCAUUUAGGCUUAUUUUUGUAAUAGUUUGAAAUAAAAGACACUUUACUCGUUCUACGUGAGAAAUUUCCCUGUUAUGGUGCUCGGUGUUGUUGCGGUAAGGCGAAGGAAUUGAAUGCGAUAAAGGAAAACGAUUGCGGUUUUUGGCGCUGGUGUCACAUCAUCAAGAUGAACAAGCUCGAGCGCACAUUGCAGCUGUUGGACGAAUCCACUGUCCAAUCGCCCAGCGGAUUGCUGCGGUCGAAGGAUUCGGUGCGCUACUUGCAGCAGCAGGCCCGCGAGGAACAGCGACAGCUGGGAGCGUCCGGGCUGGGCGAAAGUAUGAUGCUGGAUUCCGUGCAGGAUGUGGGCCUGUAUCGAACGGUGGGCGAAUUGGAACCGGCCGGAGGUGGACUGUCCGGCAGUCAGCUUAGCUUGGUGGCGGGCAGUACGGUAAGCUACACGAAUGCAAACGUCCGGGAAGCGAGCAAGCAGCUGUGCGAAGAAUUCCUGCAGGUGCUGCAGCGCUACAGCAACGCCUCGGACGUGUUCGAGGCGACCGAGGAGCUGGUGAAAUCGUUGGACGACACGCUGGUACAGCUGAACAAUGCGUCCAAGCAGCUGCUACCUACUGGUCGGGAGCGCCGGUUGCACGCGGAAGAGAUGUGGCUGAACGCGGAACGGGAUACGUGGCGGCUGAUGAUCUGCCUGUACCGUGAUCGGUUGAUAACGCAGAAGCAGGACAGCGAGAUGGACGAUUUGCCGCUGGUGAACAGUGAGCAGACCAUCAUCUCCCAUCUGUACGGUGGCAAUGCGAAUCUGCGCGAGUACCAGAUCAUUGUGGACUGGCUGGAGCAGAUGGCGCUGCGGCAGCAACAGACCGAGCUGGGCCACUACAUGAACCGGACGGUGGCGUGGGAAAACACGCUCCACCAGCUGCUAGAGGUAGGCCAGACGGCAUUUGGCAGUGGCCGGGCACUGGUGAAGGGGCUGGAUCCGGAUGCUCCGAUCCGCGAGAAGCUGCCCCUGCACGAUCUGGACAUGGAGGAUCAGACGCAGCUGGCCAAACAGGUGUUUCGCGCCAUUCGCCAGGGCCGGUUGAAGGAAGCACAGAUCAAGUGCGAAAACUACGGGCAGGCGUGGAAGGCGGCCCUGCUCGAGGGAUGGCGGCUGCAUCACGAUCCGAACUACGACCGCGAGAACGUGUCAUUGGCCCGCGAGCCGAUCGAGGGCAAUCCGAGGCGCGAUCUGUGGAAAAAGUUCGCGUGGCAGAUGGCGGAAAGCCGCAUGCUGGAUCCGUACACGAAGGCCACGAUCGGAUCGCUGUGCGGGCAUCUGGACUCGAUGGUGGAGGUGCUGUCCGAGCACUCGUGGAACGAUAUGCUGUGGGCGUACCUGAAGGCGCAGAUAGACAUACGCGUGGAGAGCGAGAUACGGUCGCACUGCGUCAAGAGCUAUCUGCCCAUGCCGGACCGGUACUGGAACGGCAAGAUGUCGCUGGAGCAAAUCUUCGACGCACUGGAGGCGCACAAGAACGCGCGCAUCAGUCUGGCCGCCAAGGAUGUGGACAAGGUGAUCCAGAAGUACAUUAUGCUGGAUGACAUUCCCGAGCUGAUGCGCACCGUGGACGGCUGGCUGGAGGGCACGGAGGUGGUGCUGAUACCGCAGAUGCUACGCUUCCUCACGCAUUUCGUCAUGUUUUUGCGACAGAUUGGCAAAACCUUCCAGGAGGACAUAGGCGAUCGGGUGGUCAAGCGGUACGUCGAGUACCUGAGCACGCUCGGUUCCGCGCACAUGGUCGCGUUCUACACGGCCGCCCUGCCACCGGCCAUGCAGCUGCUGCUGUACUCGCAGUUCCUUCAGACGAUCCGCGACAGCCAGCAGCGCAAGCAGGCCCUGGAGCAGGCGUACAACUUCGGGCUGGACGUGCCGACCAUUACCGUGUACACCGUGGAGUGGUACCGUGCGCUGGAAGCCACCGAGGACGAACUGGCACCGAUCGCUUCGGGCAGGUUGACCGAGCUGGACGAGCAGAAGAUUUCCUCGCUCGAGUGGCUCACCUUCUAUCCGGAUCAGCGCGGGGAGCUGCUGUGGCAGUCGAACACACUGAUCCGCUACUUCCUGGCCCGGCGCAGCAUCGAGGCGGCCCGCAAAACGUUCGCCGUCAUACCGGCCGACACGAUGGAGCUGAUAUUCACGCACUACGGCUCGAAGGAUGAUAUCCCGUGCCGGGAGGAGGUGUCGAUACGCGAGUACCUCUGCUACCAGACGUACCUGGCCGCGAUCCAGGGCUACAACGAUUGGUGCCAGCUGUUCUACAACGGCAAGCCGAAGCCACCGCCCGCAGUCAAGCUGUCGAACUUUACCGAGCGCGUCACCUCGGAGCACCGGGAGGCAACGUACCGGAAGGAGCUGAGCAACUGGGAGCUGCGUGUCGCCGAGCUGACCAACGUGACGCGCGACCUGCUGUACAAUGUGCUGCUCUUCCCGGAGGCUGGCUGGCUGGUCGAUACGGACACGACGAAACCGCCGCCCGACGAUGACGAGGACUGGCUGCACCGGGCGGUACAGAUGGAGAACCUGCGCAAGCUGUGCAUACCGGAAAUCGUGCUGCUGCUGCACCAGCUCCACACGCUGACCGAGCGGUACAGCGAAAAUCUGCUGCUGGCCGAUGUGCUCAGCUCGGAAACGCGCAAGCUGUACAGCGUCUUCCCCAAGCACAAGCUGGCGGAAACGCUGACCAAGAUAGCGGAAUCGUCCCUCACGCUCAUGAACGCCCGGAAAGACCCGUUCGUGGGCGAUGCAGCGAAGAAGUAGAGGUAUACAUUCUUUCCCACGCUAGCUCUGCAUUUACUACAGUUCUUAAUUUCUUAAUUUUCCUGCCGUGUUCUAAAUAAAAUCGUAAGUGAUAAAGUAUGUGUAAGAUAAAAAUGCGAUUUUUUUAAUUUAAAAUUCAAAAGGGCCAACAACCUCUUGCGGGGAAAGAAACCGAAACGAGCGAAGGGAGAAAGAGAGAGAGCAAGAUAAAGCGAGAUGGGCUACACGCUCAGCAAGGGCUGGAGCAGCUGCGAGUGUGUGCGUGCAAGCGGCCUGCUUGGGGCGAGCUUAUCAUUUUGACAGUUGGGUUGAAGCUCUCGCGCUCCACCCGGAUUUCUCCAGUUCGUAAACAUUGCGGUUUACAGUGCGUCCUGAGAGCGUCGGUUGCAACAGCAAAGCGGUGCAGCGCAGUGCAGUGGCGCAAAGUGCAAUAAACUGAACGAUUCUGUCGAUCGGUCGGUCGGUCGGUCGGUGGUGUGUUGAGGCCAGAAUCGGUUCGGUCCGCGGUGAAUGUGCGAAGGUGAAUGUCACAACCCGUUCGUUACGGUGUUACGGUGCAACAAACAUACAAUUGUGUACACAAAUAAUCGUAACAGAUAAAGCAAAUUGUGCAGCUCGCCCUUGUGCGCGUGUUGUUGUGGGCUGUAGAAAGUGAUUGUGUGUGGGUGUGUGUGU